AGUCAGUAUUGGUAGAAGAGUUGGAUUAGAAUCUUGGAAGAGGGAGUUCAACUCCUGACACCUAAUUAAAUGCACUCCUGAUGCCGUUGGGCCGAAUACUUCUUGACGAGAAGAGGAAAUAUUACCGAGGAUCGUUAUGUAUGUACUAUUACUAUUGUUUUUCACCCAAGUCCAUUCACUUAGAAAGGUUGGGAAAGCAAUUCAAGACGAAAGAGGACUUCGGUUACGUACCAAAAGAAAACAAAGCAAGCCAUGUAUUCUUCUGCAUGCUAAUGACACCAGGCCACAGCCUACCAAAACACCCAUUUCACAAGACAAAUUUCGAGUCAGAAACGUGGACACACUGGCCGCUAAACAAAACUCACACCAGUUACAUCAAGCUCAUUUACCAGGACUGAUAUUCAGCCUUCGCAGCACCAUUCAAUUUGUCAUGGAUCUGAUUGCCGGGAAAUCUCUCUCGGACGACGAUUCCAGCCGUGGAGACCGUAGGAAGGGUGUCAAGUAUCUUGUCGAUACGACGCCUUGUAUGCGCGUGCUGCCCGAAGAAUACGUUUUGCCGCUACAACCGGAGAAGCUGAUAUCGUCGAGCCGUGUUGCUAUUCCGGUGAUAGAUUUGAGCGGUCUUGAUGGAUUGAUUGGGCGCCGGAGGAUGACUGUUGAAGCCAUUGGCUCUGCUUGUGCUCACUGGGGUUUCUUCAGGAUUAUAAACCACGGGGUCAAGGUAUCGUCAAUGGAAGAAAUGCUGAAGGUUGUGGAUGGGUUCUUCAACCUAGCAGCGGAAGAGAAGAUGAAUUAUGCUUCAGAGGAUGUGAUGAAUCCGGUACGGUACGGAACAAGCUUGAACACAUCGCAACGACAUGCUCUUCAUUGGAGAGAUUAUUUGAGACAUUUUGGCCAUCCUAUUGAUAAUAGCUUCCACCUUUGGCCGCGCAAUCCCUCUACUUACAGGGUUGUGGCCAAGGAAUACUUGGAGGAGGUUUGGGGAUUGGCAAUAAGGAUCUCCGGGGCAAUCUCGGAGGCCCUUGGACUCGAACGGGAUUACGUCGAGAAAUCGCUCGGCGAAGGGUGUCAAAUCGUGGCCUCCAAUUACUACCCUCCGUGUCCGGAGCCGCACAGAACGCUCGGGCUCGCAGCUCACUCGGACCACGGGGGGAUCACCAUCCUGAUGCAGAAUGAGGUCGAUGGCUUGCAAGUCAAGCACCAAGGGGAAUGGGUUGCUGUCCACCACAUGCCUGGUACUCUGGUUGUCAACAUUGGAGAUUACAUUGAGAUAUUGAGCAAUGGGAAGUACAAGAGUGUGGAGCACAGAGCAGUGGUAAAUGCAGAAAGAACCAGGAUUUCGAUCGCAGUGGGCCACGGGCCGGAAAUGACUGCCACAGUUGCACCAGCGAGCCCAUUAGUUGAUGAGAAGAGUUGGGUGAAAUACAGGCCCAUCAUGUACAAAGACUACAUGAGGGCCCAACAGAGCAGUGCUGUAAGGGGGAAAAGCCCAUUGCAAGCCCUCAUGACCAACACCACUAUCAUGAAAUAAAUUUUUGGGUGUGGAGUGGGUACCACAUGGCGGUACAAGUCAGCGAUCCCAAUCAUCAAAAUGUGUUUUAGAUGGCUGAGAUUUAUCCUCUCUCUCUUUCUCUUCUCAUCCUACCACUCUCUCUCCUCUUUUUCUCUGUGUAAAACCCGGACCAUCCAAACACGUUUGAACGGUUGGGAUCGCCGACAGAUACCACGUGUGUGGUACCCGCCCGGCACCCGAAAACUUAUCUGUUGAUUGAUGCUUCCGUUUUUUCUUGGACUUGCAAUACUGAAUGAUAUAGUAAUGGUGUGUUUAAUUCUGUCAUUUCAAAUGUACUAAGGGACAAUGUAAAUUGUAGUAGAAUUCAUUACUGAAAUUGUCCAUGUUUUUUCUGGCUUUAAUUGGAACCACAGAUGGGC